AUGGAAUCUAUCCUUCCUGAGAGUUCAGGCGGCAUAUCUCACCAGAUACCGAGAGCGCGAAUUGAAGGCGAGCUUGAGCUGGACGAAGGAGCUCUUCUUUUCGGCGCUGCUUCCAAGCCCAACCUGUCUGGAGAGCAUCCGAAUCCAGUUCAUAUAUUUAAGCUAUGGCAGGUUUUCCUUGAGAAUGUAAACCCUCUAACAAAGUUAAUCCAUAUACCUACACUACAACAACGCAUUCUAAAUGCGAUUGGUGAUCUUAAUUCUGUGCCAAGUGAACUUGAAGCUCUUAUAUUUGCGAUCUACUGCGCAGCACUUAGAUCUCUGAGUGAUGAAGAAGUUCUGCAAGGGUUUGGAAAGUCCAGAGCAAUCCUGUUGGCUCAGUAUCAGCAGGCUGCCCAAUCUUCUUUAGUACAGGUUGGAUUGUUAAAGACAUCCAAUAUGGUUGUCUUACAGGCACUUCUUAUAUUCAUACUAUCUGUUCGUGCGGUAUAUAACCCACACGCACUCUGGUCUCUAAGUGGCAUUGCAGUACGUAUCGCUCAACGAAUUGGUCUUCACCGUGAUGGAUCUCGGCUUGGUCUGCCCAUCUUUGAAACUGAAAUGCGUCGUCGACUUUGGUGGCAAAUCACAGUUGUGGAUGCUGCAAUUGGCCGUUUGUCUGGCUCAACCUCGUCAUUAUACCCUCUCGCGGAUACCCGCAUUCCGUUAAAUGUCAAUGACAGUGAUCUGGAUGUGGAAAUGAAAGAGACUCCUCCCGAGUCAUCUGGUGCCACAGAGAUGAUUUUUUGUCUCAUGCGUUAUGAACUCGGUCAGUGGCUUGAGCGUCAGUCCAGAUUAAAGCCAGUUGCGUUUAAUGGAUACUGGGAAACUAUAAGUCGAGGCUCUAUUCCACUCGAACAGAAAGUCCGUAUGAUUAAAGAGCUUGAGGACAUUAUCGAGAGAAAAUUUAUUGCCCACUGCGACCCAUCUAUCCCGCUGCAUCUCAUGACCAUGAUUGUAGCAUGGUCAGUACCACCAAUACUACGCCUGGCCGCCCAUCACCCCCGAAUUUAUCAUGAGAAAUGUGAACUCCCAACACAAGCCGAGAAAGAUUUUCUCUUUAAGACCUGCCUCAGCGUAACUGAGUAUGGUAACAUUCUGCUGACGACUAAUAAAACGCGGAAAUAUCUGUGGCAUGUAGACAAUCAGUUCCCUUGGGACUCAUUGAUAUACAUACUGGAUGAGCUUCGGUACCGAGCCAUAGGAGAUGAAACUGCGAAGGCCUGGCACUUGAUUGACGUCACUUGUAGCCGCCAGUAUCAUCAGCAAGGACCUAGAGCAAGGAGCCCAUUGCACCUUGCCCUGGCGAAUUUAGCUGUCAAGGCAUGGGCAGCCCAUGUAUUAGAGUGUGAGCGUCGGCAUAUGUCUACUAUCCCACAGCCGAGCAUCAUUCCUACUUUUCUAGCAUUGACCCAACAGAUAAAUCUUUACUCACUUUCUGCUUCUACCCAAGUGACUGCCUCAUCUCAGGACCAAGACCAGCGAAGUGCUGCUGCUGAGGACACUGUGACCAUACAUGCAGGUCGUACUGGCGAUGUUCCCCGGCUAAGGGAGGGUGUCUUGCAGAGCGCGAACCUAAUCGACCAUAAUGCUCAUGUCGCCUCUUUUGCAGGACUAUAUCCUGCGGAGAACUCCCCCAUUGACUGGGUUCAAUGGGAUGCUUUGUUCCAGGAGUAUCAGCAGCAGUCAAACAGCCUUGAUUAUUUUUAA